AUGCCGUCCGUCGAUAUGGGAGUGGAAAUCGCCGGUCUGAAGUUGCCCACGCCCCUGAUUGCCGCCAGCGGAACCUUCGGCUACGGCGACGAGUACCAGCAGGUGGCGGACUACGACUGCAUCGGAGCGAUCUCGGUCAAGGGGCUGUAUCUCGAACCCCGAAAGGGAUGUCCGCCUCCGCGAAUCUGGGAGACGCCGUCCGGUAUGCUGAACGCCAUCGGACUUCAGGAGGUCGGAAUCCGGCGUUUCCUGGCCGAGAAGCUUCCGGUCGUCCGGGCCCUCGGCAAGAUCGUCAUUGCCAACAUCUGCGGCAGUUCGCUCGCCGAGUACGGCGAGUUGGCCAGGAUCCUCGACCAGGCGGAGGGGGUUGCCGGCAUCGAAGUGAACAUUUCGUGUCCCAACGUUGCCGAGGGAGGGAUCGAGUUCGGAUGUGACCCGGACAUGGCGGCGCGGGCCACUGAGGUGGUGCGCCGGGGGACCCGACUGCCGGUGAUUCCGAAACUCAGUCCCAGCGCCAGCGACCUGGCCGCGGUGGCUCGCCGGGUUGCGGAGGCAGGAGCCGAUGCGGUGUCCCUCAUCAACACCAUCCCCGCGAUGGCAGUGGAUGUGGAGACGCGCCGGCCGCGGCUCGCCAACGUAGUGGGGGGGUUGUCGGGCCCUGCGAUUCGUCCGAUUGCAGUCCGCAUGGUGUGGGAGGUGGCGCGGGGCAGCCGGCUGCCGGUGAUCGGCAUGGGCGGAAUCGCGAACGCCGAGGACGCCCUUGAAUUCCUGCUCGUCGGGGCCGCGGCGGUACAGAUCGGCACCAUGAACUUCGUGGACCCCGGGGUCUGGCGGCACACUCUCGACGGCCUUGCCGCGUACUGCCGGCGGCACGAGGUUCCGGCGGUGCGCACGCUGACCGGCGCGAUGCUCCCGGCUGCGGGGUCUCGGGCGUGA